AACCCUUUUCCUUCCUGCCGUUCUCUCCCAAACCCAAACCCAAACCCAAACCCUAGUCUAGAAUGGCUCGCAAGCGCCGCGCGCCGUCGCCGCCGCCGCCGCCGCCGCCUCCGCAGGAGGAGUCUUCCUCCGAGGAGACCAGCUCCGGCGAGGAGGAGGAGGUGGAACCCACCCCUACCCGCGCAACCCAAAAACCCCAUGAAAUCCCUAAAUCCCCUCCCACCGCCACGGCCGCGGAUGCCACCGCCGAGGGAAGCGAUGAUGAGUCUUCCGACUCGGAAAUUGACGCCGAAGCCUUCCAGCUGCGCCAGGUUGUUACCUCCCCCAGCAAGCCGCCGGCUGCGGCCUCCAAGCUCGAAUCCGACGCCGACGAGGAGCAGGGCGAACCGUCGGACAAACCGGAGCCCCUCGGGAAGAAGAAGGAAAUGAAGCCCAAGGCCCCGUCUGCGAGGAAGAGGCAGGCCACUGAGUCCACUCCGUCUGGUAAGUCCAAGAAAGCCAAGGCCGAGGUGGAGAAGGCAGUGCCUGAGCCGGCUCCACCCCCCAAGGCCAAGAAGGCUAAGGCUGGGGCAGAGAACACGAAGAAGGCAGUGCCGGACCCCUCACCGUCCAGCAAGUCUGAGAAGUUAAAGCGCUGGACAUUGGCGGAUGAGAUCAAGAUUCUGGAGGCCUUUAUUGGGUACGUCAAGACUAAUGGCACGCAGCCGGGUGCUCUUGACCUUAUUGCUGCUGUUGGUGAUACUCUUGACCGAAAGAACUGCAGCAAGGUGGAAAUGUAUGAGAAAGUGCGAAAUCUCAGGCAGCGGUAUGAGAAGGCAGUGAGCACAGGCACCCUGCCAGUCAAAGAUGAUGACCUCCGGAAGUUCAAGCUCUCAGAGGUGGCCUGGGGAGCAAAUGCAAAGGAGGUUGCCUCAGCCUCCAUAUCUCAAAAUGAUGGUGCCAAGGGCAAGAAGACACAGACCACCAAAGAGAAGAUAGAAGGAGAUACCAAGGGCAGAUCGUCAAAGAGUAAGAAGCAGGGAAAGCACAUAGAGGAAUUGGAAGAUAAUGAAACUACUGACCCCCAAAUCGGUGGUACUUUGGUUAGGAGCAAAAGGGAGAAAUCUGACAAGAAAAUGGGUGGAGAUGUAGACAGCCUCGGGCCAAAGGAGGCCACAGAGGAAAUGGACACAGCUGCUAAUGUGAAACGCAUCCGCAAAGGAUUUGAUGAGCUGCAGAACUUGUAUCCCAAUCUUAGCACUUAUGUGGAGAGUAUCAAGGCCCAGCAUCCUUGUGGGGAGACACUGAAGAGAGCAUUUGAGCUCAUUGACGAUGAGAAGGCUUGCACUCUGGAAUCCAAGAUCAAGAAGCAAAGAGUAGCUGAGGUGAAGACGGAGAUUCGCCGAGCUGACACAAAGAAGGAGGUGGCGAACAUGUUGUUGGGCUAAACCUCUCUGGUUGUCAAGCAAUUUAUGUGGUGGCUGAGUAGAAGAUUCAAGUUGCAAAAGGAUGAUCUGAUAUAUGUAACCUGAGUAGAAGACUGAAGUUGCAAAAGGAUGAUUCGAUAUAUGGAGCCAGGGGAUAAGAUGGGGUGAUUUGUUUAAGACUAGUUGUUAACUGUUAUCUUGUCUAUGAUUGUCGGUGGGCAAUUAUGGUCUACUGACUAUGGUGUCGAAACUUAAACUUUGUCCUUGUUUGCCGUGCUAGACAAGUUCAUUUUGUCUGUAUUUUGAACUUCUGCUACCUUUCUGGCCAAUAUGAGAUGAAUUGUGGUUUCUGGCUCGGUCCAAUGCACUUGAUUUUUUGCCCUA